AUGAAAUUCUUCGAGCAGGACGAGUGCACUCCCCGGUUCUUCAUGACUUGGCUCUUGCCCGCAAAACAGUUCGGGCCAAGGGAGUUCCUUUCCAUAGACAGCCUCUUCAAGGCCCACCCUUCCGGCUGCUUGUUAAUAAUAUCCAGCUCCAUGGAUUCGAUCCACGGGCUCAGGAUCUUGAAGCCCCUGAUCAGAAAGGGCUUCAGGAUGCUCUCGGUCACACCGGAUCUGCUGUUUUUGGUCGAGAACACACCAGCUCGGGCUUGGUUCAAGGGGAGGAAGGAUGGGAAGAGAGACCCAGGAGUGAUUUCUUUAGGACAGAAUCUCUCAAAUCUUAUGAGGCUUGCAUUCUUGGACAGAUACGGCGGGGCUUAUAUGGACACAGACUUCAUAGUCCUGAGGAAGUUCGAUGGGUUCAGGAAUACAAUUGGGGCCCAGACCAUGGAGGUUGUGUCCAGCAACGGGACAACAUCUCACUUGACCUUAAACAAUGCAGUCCUAGUGUUCGGACCAGAACAGCCGCUAGUGUACAAAUUCCUAGAGGAGUUUGCAUCGACGUUCAAUGGGAGCAAGUGGGGCUUUAAGGGGACCUCACUUGGUGACUGGGAUUGUCAAGAGGCUUGGAUCGAGGCCAGGACUGGGCACAGACCGUAUCGGAGGGGACAAUUACACGGUUCUGCCACCGUAAGCGUUUUAUCCAGUGACAAUUACACGGUUCUGCCACCGGAAGCGUUUUAUCCAGUGGACUGGAACAGGAUCCGGAAGCUAUUCAGGAGGCCCAGAAGCAAGAGCGAGGCCCAAUGGGUCAAAGAUCAAGUGGUACGGCUGAGCAGAAUUGCAUAUGGGGUGGUCCAUUUGUGGAACAGGAGGAGUAGAAGGUUAAGGAUUGAAGAGGGGAGUGUCAUGGAGAGGUUAAUGUUGGAUCAUCGUGUCUUCUUCUUCUUCUUCUUUGUUAAAUUUUUGAGAGAUAAAAGAUGUUUCGGCUCAGCGAAUCGUGCGAGACCAUGUUCGGGGCUCCUUGAACCGUGCUCAUGA